AGUUAAGAUUCGCCCAUAUCUGAUCGCCUAUAUCUGUCUACAAAAUCAAUUCAUCCACCUGUCUCCUCUCUUCACUCUCGCCCUUUCCAUUCUGCAUUUUCCGGCCGUCCAAACAGCAACCAACACAUACCCAACAACGAACAAUGUCCAAGUUCGUCACCACCCUCUUCCUCCUUGCCCUCCUUCUCUCGCCCAUGCUUUCGCAUGCAGCUGCUCGUCCCAUGGCGAUGGCGAAAGCCCAACUCAAAGGUACUGAGGUUGAUGCCGGCGAAGACAGCUGCGAAGAAGUGGAGAAGGAAGAGUGCUUGAUGAGGAGGACUCUGGCUGCUCAUCUUGAUUAUAUAUAUACCCAGAAGCAGCAUCACCCAUGAAUAUAUACAUAUAUAUAUAUAUCCUUCUGUUAGUGAAUAAGAAUAAGAUGUGUUUGCUGAUGAUAUAAAUAUAAUAAUGUUCUCUCGGCUGUGCUGUUCUUAUGAAAUCUACCAAGUCUUUGACAAAAUGAUUCAGAGAACCCAAUCCUUUGUUGCA